GAAUUAUUUAGAAAAAUGUGUUAUUAUUUUAAUGAUGGGAUUCGUUUUGUUUUGUCAUGCUUUUUUCUUUCACUUUGUAUAAACUAUAUACCGUCUGUAAUUCAAAGUGCGCAAACUCGUCUAUUAAAUAAUACCGAACAAAAUGACUUCACUAUUUACGUCUUAUUAAAAUAGUAUCUUGGUUCCAAUUUUUAUUUAUCAGCAACUAGAGCCACUAAUAUUUAAAGAAGAACUCAACGUGAUCUGCAUUCAGAUGCGAAUUAAAAUUGAAUAAUGACGGUCUUAGGUCUUCUUCCUCAGUUACUCUUGUAUAUUUCAGCUACUUUAGUUAGUUUGUUUUUGUGCGUGUAUGUGUACUUUAGCUAUUCGUUUACUUAUUGGAAACGAAAAGGCGCUCCUUACAUAAAGCCCAAAUUUCCUCUUGGAAACAAUGAUUGCUUCGGCACUGAAUCCUUCUCUUAUGGUCUUGAAACGAUGGACUGGUAUAAAGAAGCGAAGCAGAAAGGACAUAAAUUCAUAGGAGCAUGGAAUUACUCAAAUCCUGUCUUGCUUGUGGUGGAUCCAGACUACAUCAAGAGUGUUUUAGUCAAGGAUUUCAAUCACUUUACGGAUAGAGACUUUUUCCACAAUCCAAAGCACGAUCCUAAAAACGAAAGUAUUUUUGUAGCGGAAAAUGAGGAGUGGAGACAAUUGAGGCAGCGACUGACGCCAGUUUUCUCAACAGCUAAAAUGAGAAUCAUGUUUGAGCUCGUAAACAAAUGUGCAGAUCCAAUGAUGCAAUUGUUUCAGACAAAUUCUCGAUCUGGCGAUCCCAUGGAUAUAAAAGAGGUAGUUGCGAUGUUCACUACAGACGUUAUUGGUUGCGUAGCAUUUGGACUAGACGCUGGUAGUUUCACCAGUGAAGAUGCUAAAUUUCGCGUUAUUGGCAAGAAACUGUUCGAAUCAAGUCUUAAAACUAAAAUGCAUUUACUUGUCGGCAGAAUAAAUGUUAAGCUUGCGCAGUUUCUUGGGAUGCGUGUUAUACCGGAAAGUGUUACAGAGUUCUUUUCUGAAGUGAUUACGGAAAAUGCAAGAUUUCGUCAAGAAAAUAACGUUAGAAAAAUAGAUCUGAUGCAACUACUCCUUGAUCUUUAUGAGUCCAGCAAAGGGCAAGACGAUGGAUUCAGUUUCGACGACUUUGUUGGAAAUGUUAUUGCCUUUUUCAUAGCAGGAUUUGAAACCUCGUCAACUACAAUGCAUAAUGUAUUAUACGAGCUAGCUAGAAAUCCGGAUGUACAGGAAAAGACUAGAGAAGAAAUUAAUAAUGUGCUUAAAAAACAUGGUGGUGUUUUAACAUAUGAAGCUGUUCAAGAUAUGACGUAUUUUCGACAAGUAAUCGACGAAACAUUGAGGAUGUAUCCGCCAGUUCAAAACGUGGCCCGAUUCUGCGUGAAACCAUAUACUUUUAAAGACAGUAACGUUACUGUUGAAAAAGGUGUAUCUGUGGUCGUUCCACUAGUUGCACUAGGCCGAGAUCCUGAUAACUAUCCGAAUCCUGAGCGAUUUGACCCAGACCGAUUUAGUCCUCAAAGCAAAGAAAGUAUUAAUAAGUCCGUAUACAUACCUUUCGGAGACGGCCCAAGAAAUUGUAUCGGUAAACGUUUUGGUUUGAUGCAAACCUCAAUUGGGCUAAUGCAGGUAGUGAGAGACUAUAAAAUAACGAUAAACAGCAAAACACCAAUGCCCCUAAAAUUGAAACGUGGAGUAUUUUUGAUGGAGACAACUAACAAAUUGUACCUGAAUGUCACGAAAGUUUAAUUUACGUUGUAAAUGUUAUGUAGUUAUUUAGUUCGCAACAUGUUGUUAUUUUUGUUAUAGUGUAUUAAUGAAACAUUAAUAAACAUCUUAAAAAUGAA